UCCUCAAAUCGGUGGCAGAGAAAAAUACAAGACGACGAAGGGAUUGCCAAUGAGCUUGGUACAGAUAUAGAGGUGAUCUUAAAUUCUUCAAUACGUUAUACUCGACGUAAAGCACUUGAUGAACUUGUCGCUGAGUUGGCUCUGCGCAAUGACGAGAUGCAACUCCUUAUCACUCAAACCCAGCGCCUGACUCUGGAUCGCGAUAAGCUUAUAGAGGAGGUUGCUAAUACUACUGCUCAGCUGUAA